UACGAAUUUCCGUUUUAUUAUAUAUCACGUAUUGGUCUUUUGUUUUGCACGUUUUAUUUUGCGCCAAGGAUGAAUAUAGGUACAGCAACAAGCGAAGAGAACCCGACCCAUUCAUACUUGGGCUCACGAGGAAUUUGGAUAACUUAUGUUUUGAUCGUGUUGAUCACACACUUCAUGCUUCUCACAAUUCCAUUCUUCUCGGUGGCCGUGGCCUGGACUCUCACAAAUGUCAUUCACUGUAUAAUAACAUACUUCAUGUUGCAUGUCACUAAAGGCACCCCAUGGGGAACCCCAGAACAAGGGAAAGCUAGGACCCAAACACAAUGGGAACAAAUAGACUUUGGACAACAGUUCACUCCUACAAAAAAAUUCCUGACAAUAGUCCCAAUUGUAAUAUUUUUCUUGGCCAGUUUUUACACAAAAUAUGACUCUACACAUUUCUGUAUAAACUUGGCUGCCUUAGGCUUCAGUGUAAUUCCAAAGCUGCCCCAGCUUCACGGCGUGCGAAUCUUCAACAUCAACAAGUGGUGAUUCACUUCCUGACUACACACUCUGGUUUCAGACAGGAUGUCUGAAUAACAAAAAAAAUAACUAAAAAAGUUAUUUUCCAAGGGAGAUAACUAAUUCUGACGGUGAUUGGUUUUCCAAAGGGAGACAAUCUCUAUCCAAAAGACUAUAAUUUUAAUAGGAACCUGUGUGACUUUUACAUGGGACUGAUGAUUUCCCCUUUGAUUUGUGAUAGUGCUGCAUAAUUUGCUGUCUAGUAUAGAAGGAGAACAGUUUAUGUGUGCAUUUGAGAUUGACAUGAAAGCUUCUUAGUGAGAGAGAUCAAACCUACAUAUCCAUGGUCACUUGUGUGUUUGUAAGAAUCUUUGUCUCACCCUGUACUUUGUGAUCUAUUUUAAUGUCUAGUAAAUUAACAUGUACAAAAGAUGUGUAAAUGCUUUUUAAAAAAUUCUUAAUGACCAAUGCAUAUAAUCUUCAUAUAUAUGUAAAUAUAUUGUUUUCAGAAAGCACAUCUGUGAACUCUUCAAUUCCAUCCAUACACUUUUUUUUCGGUCCAUCCUUCACUAGAACGUACACUGUAUGCUGUACCUCAACAAUCUUGUAAAAAAAAUUUACAUAUUUCUUUUAAGUAUAUUUUGAAAUAAAGCAGAUAAAAUCUAUUUGAAAUAUGUCAGAUAUGUAUUGUUUAAUUCUUCCAUUAAGUUCCAAUGACAAUUAUAAUGUGUUUCUAUUUUAUAGGACUAUUAAAAAAUGUUUUAUUUUAAA